AAAAAUGACUAAAUCGUGAUUAUGAAAAUACGGAGAAAAAAAUAGAACAGGAAACAUAAUAUGAAAACAAGUGAGAGGACCUUAGAGUGACACAAAGGAUGAAUUAAUCAAGAAAAUAAAAAUAUAGAAAAUUUAAAAAUAAACUUUUCAUAAGUCCCCCCUGGAGGUCGCUCAGAGGUCAAGGAUGAAAGAAAACGACCUCCUGGAGGACUGCCAGCGCCAUCUAUUGAGCUCGAGCGACUCCGAGGACGACCAGAGACCUGACAUCAACGAGCUGUACAUUGAUGUUCUCGAAUCGGAGUUCCAGAUUCCUUUGCAGCCGGGAUGGUUCAGUCGGAGGACGAGGAUGGAGAGGUACCUGAUGCUGGCUGCGACCACCGUGGUCUUCGUCGUGGUCGGCCUCGCCAUCUCCCUCGCUGGCGUUAUCUACGGGUAUCAGAGCGGGAUGCUGAAGGGCAGCGAAACCUCACAGCUGGCACUUAUUUCGGCAGAGCCACUCACGGCCUGCCAGGAGACGCUUCCUGAGAGUCCCAGCGAGAAGUGCCUCACCAAAGGAUGCGUCCAGGCAGCGUCGAAACUAAUCGACUCGAUGGACGAGGCCGUGAACCCGUGCGACGACUUCUUCCGGUUCUCGUGCGGCGGUUUCCUCCAGAAGAAGAUCAUCCCGGACGAGAAGUCGUCCCUGUCGCGCUUCAACGAGAUCUCGGACGACCUGCAGGAGAAGCUUCGUGGGCUCGUCGAGGCGGACCCCAGCGACGACGACUCCCCCGCCACCAAGAUGGUCAAGAACCUCUACAAGUCGUGCAUGGACACUGACCGCAUCAACGAGCGCGGGCUGAACCCCCUCAAGGAGAUCCUGACGCAGAUGGGCGGCUGGCCUGUGGUGGAGGGCUCGUCCUGGGAUUCCUCGGCCUUCGACUGGCACACCAACGUCUACAUCAACCGCAAACUGGGUUACUCGCUCGACUACAUCUUCGACUUCUCCGUCACCACCAACAUCAAGAACUCCACCUGGAGGAUCAUCGACAUCGACCAGCCCCCCCUCGGCAUGCCCUCCCGCAAGUACCUACUCAAGGGCUUCAACGACAGCGACGUCCAAGCCUACUACAACUACCAGAUCAGCAUGGCGGAGCUCCUCGGGGCGGACAGGGAGACGGCAGAGCGGGAGCUGAAGGAGUCGCUGGAGUUCGAGAUCCGAUCGCCAAUGUGAUACUCCCUGCCCAAAGAAGAACGCCGAAAUGCAACCAAACUGUACAACCUGAUGACCGUCGCCGAAUUGCAAGAGAAAGUGCCCGAGAUCCCAUGGCUGCAAUACUUCAAUACCAUUCUUAGUCCCUUCCAUGAGAUUAACAUCGAUGAGCCCGUGGUGGUGGGGGUCCCGGACUACGUGAAGAACCUCGGCAAACUCCUUACAAGAACGCCCAAAAGAGUGAUCGCCAACUACAUGUGGCGCGUGACGGCUGCCUCCGUGGGCUACCUGACCGACGACGCCCGAGACAUCCAGCUGCAGUACUCCAAGAAGAUCGUGGGCAAAGGGACCCGGGAGCCGCGCUGGAAGGAGUGCAUGGGCUCCGUGUCGGGCAGCCUGAGCCACGCCGUGGGCUCCAUGUACGCCCGCGCCUUCUUCAAGGAGGACGCCAAGGCCGCCGCCGACGAGAUGGUUCGCUACAUCCGCGCCGAGUUCGACGAGAUCCUGCGCUCCAUCGACUGGAUGGACGAGGCCACGCGCGAGAGGGCCAUGGCCAAGGCCAAGGCCAUCACGCCCCACAUCGCCUACCCGCCCGAGCUCCUCGAGGACGACAAGCUCACUGAUCUUUACGACGGGCUGGAGAUCUCCAACGGCGACCUCCUGGAGAACAUGCGGAACCUGACCAUCUUCGGCACCAACUACUCCUUCAAGAAGCUGCGCGAGAAGAUCGACAAGAAGGACUGGAAGAACCACGGCGCCGCCGCCGUCGUCAACGCCUUCUACAGCCCCCUCGAGAACUCCAUACAGUUCCCCGCCGGCAUCCUGCAGGGCGUCUUCUUCGAGGCGGAGCGACCCAAGUACAUGAACUUCGGCGCCAUCGGCUACGUCAUCGGCCACGAGAUCACUCACGGCUUCGAUGACUCCGGCCGCCAAUUCGACGAGAAAGGCGACCUCCGCGACUGGUGGGAGAAGGAAACCAAGGACAAGUUCCUGGAGAAGGCCAAGUGCAUCAUCUACCAGUACGGAAACUACACGGCCAAGGAAGUCAACAUGAAUCUGAACGGCAUCAACACGCAGGGCGAGAACAUCGCCGACAACGGCGGCAUCAAGGAGGCCUACUACGCGUACCUGCAGUGGGCGAAGGACAACGGCGAGGAGCGGCCCCUGCCCGGCCUGCCCUUCAGCACGCGCCAGCUGUUCUGGCUGUCGGCCGCCAACGUGUGGUGCGGGAAGUACCGCCCCGAGAGCCUCAAGCUCCGCAUCCUGACGGGCGCCCACUCGCCGGCGGAGUUCCGCGUGAACGGGCCCUUCAGCAACCUGCCGGAGUUCGCCAAGGACUGGAGCUGCCCGGCCGACUCCAAGAUGAACCCGGCCAAGCGCUGCGCCGUCUGGUAACGCACGGACGGCCGGCGGAGGCGAGCGGGAGCGGGGAUACAGGCUUACCUUUAGUUCUGAUUUAUGAUUUUCAUUUUAUAAUGUUGGUUUGCCUUGAGUUCUGCGACGGAAGAGAUCGUUAGACGUUUGCGAAUGGACUCGGCAAUACAUUUUUGUUUCGACGGUCCGUGUGUAACCUACUUAUCUCCUACCUGGUGCUCCAUGGUUGCUACAGGGGACAUUGCCAGUCCAGUUCCUUUGUUAUAUAUUUUUUCAUUUAAAUAUUAGCGUAUCACAUCCCCUAACCUCUCCCUACAUGAAUAUCUGGA